AUGGUCUCGCUCGCUGGCUCCCAGAUCCCCUCGCCCUCGCCGGGGCAGAGCCCCUGCGCGGCCGCACGGCCGCAGCGCCGCCAGGGCCACUCCAUGCGCACCAUCCGCUCCGCGCUGCUGCAGCCGGACUCCUCCCCGGGGUCCACGUCCCCGGCCCCGCGCGACGGCGGCGCCGACGCGGGCGACUCGGACAUUGAGAACCUCACCGACUCCGUCAUCGACUUCCACCUCCGCGAGCUCGCCGCCACCGCGGGGCCCGCGCACCCGGCGGCCGUCGCCAAGUCGUCCUCCGCCAUCAACGCCGCCGCCACGGAGCUGCUCGACCUGUCGCGGGACUUCUCCGACUACUCCAGCUUCAACUCCGACAUCUCCGGGGAGCUCGAGCGCCUCGCCGCUGCUGCGGGCGCGGCGCCGCCAAGAUCCGACGCGACGGACGCCGCCGCCGUGGAUCUGAACGACCUCGAGUCCAUGGAUCUGUCGGCGGACGCGGCGCCGCUGGAGCGCGUGGAGCCGUUCGUGCUGGCGUGCGUGCAGGCGCUGGGGCCUGACGCCGGGCCGGACGCGCGCCGCGCCGCCGCGGCCAGGAUACGCCUGCUGGCGAAGCACCGGUCCGACAUCCGCGAGCUGAUCGGCGUGUCGGGCGCCAUCCCGGCGCUCGUGCCGCUGCUGCGGAGCACCGACCCCGUGGCGCAGGAGAGCGCGGUCACCGCGCUGCUCAACCUCUCGCUCGAGGAGCUGAACCGCUCCGCCAUCACGGCGGCGGGCGCCAUCAAGCCGCUCGUCUACGCGCUGCGCACCGGCACGGCGCCGGCCAAGCAGAACGCCGCGUGCGCGCUGCUCAGCCUCUCGGGCAUCGAGGAGAACCGCGCCACCAUCGGGACCUGCGGCGCCAUCCCGCCGCUCGUGGCGCUGCUCUCCGCGGGCUCCACGCGCGGCAAGAAGGACGCGCUCACCACGCUCUACCGCCUCUGCUCCGCGCGUAGGAACAAGGAGCGCGCCGUCAGCGCCGGCGCCGUCGUGCCACUCGUGCACCUCAUCGGCGAGCGCGGCAGCGGCACGUGCGAGAAGGCAAUGGUGGUUCUGGGGAGCCUCGCGGGCAUCGCCGACGGCCGCGAAGCCGUGGUGGAGGCUGGCGGGAUCCCCGCGCUGGUUGAGGCCAUCGAGGACGGCCCUGCCAAGGAGAAGGAGUUCGCCGUGGCGGCGCUGCUGCAGAUGUGCUCCGAUUCCCCGCAUAACCGUGCGCUUCUUGUACGCGAGGGUGCCAUCCCGCCACUUGUCGCGCUAUCGCAGUCCGGCUCUGCCCGUGCCAAGCACAAGGCUGAGACUUUGCUUGGCUACCUGCGGGAGCAGCGGCAAGGGGUUGGCUGCAGAGCUGGAGCAGUUGCAGCUACUAGCUUGGCUAGGUAA